AUGCUUGCAAGUUGUGAAACUUUGUACGGACCAUCGAAGAACGUAACACUGGGUGUACCGAGGUUGAAGGAAAUCAUUAAUAUCUCUAAGCGACCAAAAGCUCCUUCGCUAACGGUUUUCCUCACCGGAGGAGCAGCUCGAGAUGCGGAGAAGGCCAAGAAUGUUCUUUGCAGGCUGGAGCACACGACACUGAGGAAGGUAACUGCAAAUACAGCUAUUUACUACGAUCCAGAUCCACAGAGGACGGUCAUUGCCGAGGAUCAGGAGUUUGUAAAUGUUUACUAUGAAAUGCCGGACUUCGAUCCCACCAGAAUUUCGCCGUGGUUGUUACGUAUUGAACUGGAUCGCAAGCGAAUGACGGAUAAGAAGCUGACGAUGGAACAAAUUGCGGAGAAGAUUAAUGCCGGUUUCGGUGACGAUUUAAAUUGUAUUUUCAAUGACGACAACGCCGACAAAUUGGUGCUUCGAAUUCGUAUCAUGAAUCACGAAGAUAACAAGUUCCAGGAAAACGAAGAGGAAAAUAUGGACAAGAUGGAGGACGACAUGUUCCUUAGAUGUAUCGAAGCCAACAUGUUAUCGGACAUGACCCUACAAGGAAUUGAAGCUAUCGGUAAGGUGUACAUGCAUUUACCACAAACAGAUGCCAAGAGGAGAAUUGUUAUUACACCGGAGGGAGAAUUCAAAGCCAUCGGAGAAUGGCUGCUGGAAACUGACGGUACCUCGAUGAUGAAGGUACUGAGUGAGCGAGAUGUUGAUCCGGUGAGAACGGCCAGUAACGAUAUCUGCGAGAUCUUCCAAGUAUUGGGCAUUGAAGCUGUGCGAAAAUCGGUUGAAAAAGAAAUGAACAACGUACUACAGUUCUACGGUCUAUACGUAAACUAUCGUCAUUUGGCUUUGCUGUGCGACGUCAUGACUGCAAAAGGUCACUUGAUGGCCAUUACUCGUCACGGUAUCAACAGACAGGAUACAGGUGCUCUUAUGAGAUGUUCUUUCGAAGAAACGGUCGACGUGUUAAACGACGCAGCGGCUCAUGCUGAGGUCGAUCCUAUGAGAGGUGUAUCGGAGAAUAUCAUUAUGGGUCAGCUGCCCAGGAUGGGAACCGGUUGUUUCGAUUUGCUACUGGAUGCAGAAAAAUGCAAGUUGGGUAUGGAAAUUCCACACACUUCAAUUAUGGGAGCCACAGGAAUGUUCUUUGAUCCUGGAGCGACACCUAGCAUGAGUCCUGCUAUGACUCCUUGGCAACAGUCACAAACUCCAGGAUAUGGCGAAUGGUCUCCUUCCGGACCACCAAGUGGAAUGACCCCAGGAGGGCCAGCUUUCUCUCCAUCAGCACAAUCCGAUGCCUCCGGCAUGUCACCAUCUUGGUCCCCUAUGCCGGGUUCUCCAAGUUCGCCAGGACCAUCGAUGUCUCCAUAUUUUACGGUGUCAUCGCCAAGUGCAUCCCCAUCCUACUCACCGAGUAGUCCAAAUUAUGCCGCUGCUUCCCCAGGUGGAGCUUCUCCGGGAUAGUCUCCGACUAGUCCAAGCUAUUCACCGACUAGUCCAAGUUACUCGCCAACAAGUCCACGUUAUUCGCCGACAUCACCAAAUUACAGUCCGGCGUCACCAAACUAUUCGCCAACCUCUCCGAGCUACUCUCCAACAUCUCCACUGUACUCGCCAACGGGCACCUAUGCUCCGUCGAGCCCGGCCUAUUCCCCAACAUCACCCUCAUACUCACCAACAAGUCCGUACUCGCCUACUUCUCCCAGUUAUUCGCCGACUUCUCCAGCUUACUCCCUAACAAGCCCUUCCUAUUCACCCUCAAGUCCUUCCUAUUCCCCAACAUCCCCCUCUUAUUCCCCAACAUCUCCCAGCUAUUCACCAACAUCCCCCAAUUACACUCCGGCGACCCCAUCCUACUCCCCAACCAGUCCAAACUAUUCACCCAGCUCUCCCCAUUAUUCACCAACCUCUCCAAGCUACUCACCAUCCUCUCCGAAAUAUUCACCAACAUCCCCCAGCUACUCGCCAACGUCUCCAUCGUACAGUGGCAGUCCCCACUACACACCCACCAGCCCGCAGUACUCUCCGAACAGUCCGAAGUACUCUCCAACAUCCCCAAGCUAUUCACCGAGCUCACCGCAACACUCACCUAGUACUGGUAGCAGCAGCAACCUUGUCAGCUCACCGACAUAUUCACCUUCAACGGCUCGCUACUCGCCCAAUUUGUCCUCCUACUCACCCGGCAGUCAGAAAUACUCGCCCACCAGUCCGGUGUAUACUCCAACAUCGCCCCACUAUUCACCCUCCAGUCCGGCUUACUCACCCACUGGCCAGGGUUACAGUCCCUCCAGCCCCGCCAGUCCAACCUAUUCUCCGACCAGUCCAUCGUAUGAAGAUAGCCCGGAAGAUUAGAGAUAUAAUCGCACAAAUUCUGCCCAAGGCAGCGACCGUGUUUGGCAAGCGGAAGCGAUGGAGAAGGCUGACGUUAAGAAAUGCGAUUUG